GGGUGAGUGCGCACUCCGCGUGACGUCGACAACGGACCGGAGCGGCGACCUGCUCGAUGUCGCAAAGUUUUAGCGUUGUACCAGAUUUUGGGCAAAACGGAGCCAGCAGCUCUAAGGACUAAUGGGGGAAAUAGAGGGUUCCUAUCGAGUUCUGCAGACCCCAGGUACGAGGCUGGGAGCCCAGUUUAACGCCGGAAUCAGCACCCUGGAGGCCGGCCAAAGUCUCAGCGGGAACAUGGUCAGUGGGAGCAAGAGCCCCGGUCGAGGCCUGCAGGUCCGUGUGAAGGGCCUGGACGAUUCCCAGGAAUUCUUUGACAUCGAUCCAAAAGCCUUUGGACAGACUCUCCUCACGAAGGUUUUCCUCAGAGGCAACCUCAUGGAAAGCGAUUACUUUGGCCUGGAGUUUCAGAACAUGCAGAUGAUGUGGGUUUGGCUGGAACCCACCAAGCCCAUAGCUAAACAAGUCCGAAAGCCGGCAAACACGCUGUUCCGACUGUCCGUGAAGUUCUUCCCCCCCGACCCCGGCCAGCUCCAGGAAGAGUACACCCGGUACUUGUUCUCUCUGCAGAUGAAAAGAGAUCUGAUGGAGGGCAGGCUGAUCUGCUCCGAAAAUACAGGAGCGCUGCUCGCUUCUCAUCUGGUUCAAUCGGAGAUCGGCGACUAUGAUGAUGUCGCCGACAGGGACUUCCUGAAGGCAAACAGCCUGCUGCCGUACCAAGACAAAGUGCAAGAGAUAAUCAUGGAGCUGCACCGCAGGCAUCUGGGGCAAACUCCUGCAGAGUCUGACUUUCAGAUCCUGGAAAUUGCUCGUAAACUGGAAAUGUAUGGCGUUCGCUUUCACCCAGCAGCUGACCGGGAGGGCACCAAGAUCAACCUGGCUGUGGCUCACAUGGGUCUUCAGGUGUUCCAGGGACACACGAAAAUAAAUACCUUCAACUGGUCCAAGAUUCGCAAGCUGAGCUUCAAGAGAAAACGCUUUCUAAUCAAACUCCAUCCAGAAGUCCAUGGCCCGCACCAAGACAUUCUUGAAUUUUUGAUGGCCAGUCGAGAUCAGUGCAAAGUCUUUUGGAAGAUCUGUGUGGAAUACCACUCCUUUUUCCGCUUGUUUGAUCAGCCGCAGCCCAAGUCCAAAGCAAUCCUUUUUACCAGAGGGUCUUCCUUCCGAUACAGUGGAAGGACCCAGAAGCAGCUUGUGGACUACGUCAGGGAAAACGGACCGAAGAGAACCCCCUACCAGAGGAGGAACAGUAAAAUAGGAAUGUCAACUCGCUCCUAUACAACCGAUGUGCCAAAACAGCACUUGUCUUUCAAUGACAGCCUCAGGGGUGCCGGCUCCCCCCUCUCCGCCGCCGCCGCGCCCUUCCAUCCAGCCCACACGUCCAGCGUCCUGCCUCGAGCUGAACUCCAACACAAGCCCCAGCCUUUGUCGCCACCGAGCCAAACAGCCGCGCCUCCUCCGCAGACGCGGCUUCACUCCCCUCUGCAAGCUCCUAGAGCCCCCAGCCCUCCAAAGGAAGACCCUGUCAAGGCCGCUUCCCCUCCGCACUACUCUUUUCAAGAUACAGUAGUGGAAAGUCCUCAGCUCUCCCCCCUCACCUCCAAGGAGCCUCUCUGCAUGUCGCCCUCCUUCCAGAUGUCGACCCUCAGCCUGCCCAGCCAAGCGCCGUCGCCCCUGCAAAGCCCCUUACUGAGCGAGGUGGGCAGCAAUGCCAGGCUAGAGGAGGAGGAGGAGGGCAGGAGGAAGCGAUAUCCCACCGACAAGGCCUACUUCAUUGCCAAAGAGAUUCUGACCACAGAAAGGACGUACCUGAAGGACCUGGAGGUCAUCACGGUGUGGUUCCGCAGCGCUGUGAUCAAAGAGAACGCAAUGCCAGAAGGCCUGAUGACCCUCCUCUUCUCCAACAUUGACCCCAUCUACGAGUUCCACAGAGGCUUCCUGAAGGAGCUGGACCAGAGGCUGGCUCUCUGGGAGGGACGUUCCAAUGCUCAUGUCAAAGGAGAUUACCAGAGGAUUGGUGAUGUGAUGCUGAAGAACAUGUGUGCUCUGAAGGAGUUCACCAGCUUCCUCCAGAAGCACGACGAGGUCUUAACAGAACUGGAGAAGGCCUCCAAGAGGCUGAAAAAGCUGGAGAUGGUCUACAAAGAGUUUGAGCUGCAGAAGGUGUGCUACCUGCCCCUCAACACCUUCCUGCUGAAGCCCAUCCAGCGCCUCAUGCACUACAAGCUCAUCCUGGAGAGACUGUGCAAGCAUUACUCCCCCGCACACCGGGACUUCGACGACUGCAAAAAGGCCUUGAAGGAGGUGGCAGAGAUCGCCACUCAGCUUCAGAGCAGUCUGAUCCGCCUGGAGAACUUCCAGAAGCUCACGGAGCUGCAGAGAGACCUGAUUGGGAUUGAGAACCUGACGGCACCGGGCCGCGAGUUCAUCAGGGAGGGAUGCCUGUACAAGCUCACCAAGAAGGGUCUGCAGCAGAGAAUGUUUUUCCUGUUCUCGGACAUGCUCCUCUACACAAGCAAAGGCGUGACAGCAACCAACCAGUUCAAAGUGCACGGACAGCUGCCCCUCCAGGGCAUGAUCGUGGAGGAAAGUGAAAACGAGUGGUCGGUUCCACACUGUUUCACCAUCUACUCUGCUCAGAGGACCAUCGUCGUAGCUGCAAGCUCCAAGGUGGAAAUGGGGAAGUGGAUCGAGGACCUGAACAUGGCUAUCGACCUGGCUAAGAAGUCUCAGGAGAAAUCCAGCUUCUUCCUGGACGCCGGCUUUGGCGAUCGUUCCAAUCGAUCAUCAGAUGAGGUCUCUCUGGAGCAGGAGUCGGAGGAUGACAUGAGCUCCUCUCACACUUCUCUGGACAAGCAGACUCACCACCGUGCCAACACAACCAUGCAUGUGUGCUGGCACCGCAACACCAGUGUGUCAAUGUCCGACCACAGCCUGGCUGUGGAGAACCAGCUGUCGGGGUAUCUACUGAGGAAAUUCAAGAACAGCAACGGCUGGCAGAAGCUCUGGGUGGUCUUUACCAACUUCUGCCUCUUCUUCUACAAGACUCACCAGGACGAUUUUCCGCUGGCCAGCCUCCCGCUGCUGGGCUACACGGUCAGCACCCCCGAGGAGUCUGACGGCAUUCACAAGGAGUACGUCUUCAAGCUGCAGUUCAAGUCGCACGUUUACUUCUUUAGAGCGGAGAGCGAGUACACCUUUGAGAGAUGGAUGGAGGUGAUCAAGAGCGCAGCCAGCACCACGGGCCGCAUGAGCCUCCUCAUUCCCAAAGGCGGAGCCGUGGAGGUCAACGGAAACUGAAGGCAGCACAUCUGGGGGCUGGGCCUCCGGAGCGGGACGCCGCAGAAGCAACGGCGUUCCUCAGAUUGGUUUUAAUGGUUUGUUCAGUAGAGGUAACGAUAAUAACCGCUGUUCCAGGAUAGGAAAUUAAACCAACGGGACUUGUGGACAGAAUUCAGAGUUGUUUCUCAACUUUGCAUGUGUAGCGCUGGGUUUCCAUCCGUCUGUCAGUCUCGGACGGACGGAGAUCCAGUUUUUUGGACCAACUACAAACUCAAGUUCAAAGUUUAAAGGACUUUUUUUUUUUUUGACUGAAGUUGAGCUGGAAGCAGAGAGGAACACAGAAGUUAAAGCACGUGCAACAUGAAGGUGCAGCUACGUUGUUUAUUUGGGGCAUGAUGGGAGACGUGCGUUUGGGGAGGUGCAGACAGGAAGCAGUGAAGCGUUGAGCCACGUUGGAUGAGCUGGAAGCUGGAGCGUUCUAGAGAGUUCUUUCUAAAGGUCCGAGGUGGAGCAGCCGGGGUUUCCCAGGCUCUGCAGCAGGGGCUUCCUCUGCUGCUUCACGACUCUCAUGACGUUACGCUGUUUUUUUUUGGAUUACAGGAGAUUACACCUUUGUUACACAAUGAUGUCGGAUUAAAACAACGGCUAAACCCAAACUUGUCUGGAAGAAACUCAAUGCAGCUGAAGUGUUGUAGGUGUUUCCUCCACAUUUUCUAUGAAGACUGGAAUAUUUACCCCCUUAGUGUGUUCUUUUUGUGUUGAUGCCAGCCGUGUGAUGAAGUGAUGUGGACAUCUCCAGUCAUCCGUGUGAAAGUCUGCUGCACACUUAACAUCCAUCCUAUUUAUUGUAUAGAUCAGGUGCUCCCUCAAUGUAGACUUCAUGUUAUUCCACUCAAAACCUAACGAAUAAACGGAGUUUGAAUCAUG